AUGAAGGAAAUUACAAAGAAAGCUUUAACUACAGUGACUUUCUUAAGAAGAAUCAAACACCUUGAGAUCCGCGGCUUGAAAGAUUUAUACAAUGGCCAAGUCUACCCCUUCCUGGAAUAUGUAUCCUUGCCAUGGACUCUAACAUCAAACACGUACUUGGACCAGCUAGAGAAAGUUCAACAAAAAAAAUCGCUAUCACCUCGCUUUCCUUCUCGAGACGGCUGCGGGCGCAGCGCCGUGCUGGAGGUGCAGACAGCGGGCGCCGGUGGCUCCAUCCUCGAGGUCAACCUUGAGUAUUCUUCGCCAAGGCUUUGGACGCUGCACUUGGCGGACUCUCCUUCGGCAACCGGCUACAAGGGAGGGAACUACACCGAGGCCCACAUCAAGAACCGACAGUGGCGAGUAUAUGGCAAGGGCGAGGGGAUCCUGCAAGGGGCGCUGGACGGACAGAACCUCUUGGCUGUGACGGAUAAUAUCGCCAGGAACUACCACCCCGUCAGGCUCUACGUGUCCCAUAAUCUGCUUGAGUGGCGAUACAGGAGGAAGUUUCGCGGCCGACGGGGGAGGGUGCAAAGCAAGGCCGCUUUCUCCCUCGGUGCCAGGAACCCCGACAGCAGCGAGAACAGCGUUGGGCGUCUUUACCUCGGGUUAAACAGGGUCAUCGGCUGGCCAGGAGAGGCGGGCGUGGGACUCUGUCAUGUCACGGUGACGCUGCUCAAUGACGCGUGCAAGACAGGGCGUCACAAGUGCGACAGGAACGCGGUGUGCAAGAGCUUCAAGCGCCUCCACAGGUGCUCCUGCAAGAAAGGCUGGGAAGGAAACGGCCGCGCAUGCGCAGACGUGGACGAGUGCCGCCUGCGGAACGGCGGCUGCGUGCACGUGUGCGCCAACUCGCCGGGCAACUACAGCUGCUCGUGCCACGGGGGCUUCGCGCCCGACCCGCUCGACCCGCACAACUGCCAGGACAUCGACGAGUGCGCGGAUCGCAACGGCGGCUGCCAGCACUCCUGCAGGAACACCAUCGGCUCCUUCGCCUGCGGCUGCAGAGAGGGCUUCACGCUCGCCACCGACGGCCGCGCCUGCGUCGCGUCGCCGGCGUGUUGGAAUCUGCGAUGCCAACAACACUGUUUAGUCAGCGCUGCCGGGACCCCCUCCUGUGGAUGUCGCGAAGGCUACGUACUCGUGAGGGCAAGGCAGUGCGAACCAACGUGCGCUGUUGGUAAUGGAGGCUGCCAACACCACUGCCACCAGUCCACUAAUGGGCCCGCUUGCACCUGCCACUCCAAGUACCUCCUGGCUGCCGAUGGCCAGUCUUGCGUGCCGUCCUGUGCCAUCAACAACGGAGGAUGCGAGCGCCGCUGCCACAACACCGCUACGGGAGUUCGAUGUUCUUGCACCAAGGGGUUUCUGCUGCACGCCGACCACCGCUCCUGUCUUGAUGUGGACGAAUGCGCGACUGACAACGGAGGAUGUGAAUACCUGUGUAUCAAUAACUACGGCAGCUACGAAUGCGUGUGUCCAACCGGCUACAAACUCCAGCCGGACGAACGCACCUGUCGAGACGUGGACGAAUGUGCUGUCAAGGGCACCUGCGAACACAUGUGCACGAAUUCCCCGGGGUCUUAUCAGUGUUCGUGCAAGGAAGGAUACCAGUUGUUUGCAACGGCGCACUGCGGAGACGUGAACGAAUGUAGCGUGGACAACGGCGGCUGCAGCCAGGAGUGCAUCAACAUCGAGGGUUCGUAUAAGUGCGCAUGCGAAGCCGGAUACCGCCUGCACCCGAACGGCAAAGACUGUCUACAGACGGACAAAUGCACGCCGCUGAGGAACCCAAAUAAGGCGGAGGUUUCAUGCUACCACCUCGAGGACUACGGCUACGAAGAGCGGUGCACGGUGCGCUGUCGUGCGGGCGCGCGCUUCACCUCAGGCCCCGAUGACUACUACGUGUUCACCUGCGGCCGCCACACCGCCUUCACCUGGACGACACAGGAGCCCGCUGCUAACGCUUCCCACCUUGCUUGUUCAGAAUCUCAGGUCGAGCCAGGAUUUAAGUGGUCAGUGAGACUGAUGCUGACGACCAGUGUUGCCAAUAACACGACGAUCCCCUCCGUUGCCAAACCACUCAUGGACGCGCUGGCAGACAAAAUUUCUUACUGCAUGGACAAGUGUCACCUGCGCUUCAUCUCGGAACAAGUGACGAAAGCCAAGCGCAUGAAGAUCCCGCCAAACACACAAGUGAUCCGCGCCGCCUUCGACGUGCUGGUGUUCCCGCCGCCGCCCCAACGCCGCUGCCGCCACAGCUGUGCUCGGCGCCAAGCCCGGAGAUUCGUCCCUGGGGUCUUGGGCGCCCUGAGAAAGACUCUCCUUAGUCUACGAGAAGUCAUCAGUGACACCGGCCAGAAGUACGAAAUUAUCCCGAAGACGUUCAAGACGAGGCGGCACCACCAGGAGGCGUGUCCAGACGGCUAUGUCCUCAUCGGGAACAAGUGCGUGGCGUGCAGCCAGGGGUCAUACCACGACCCGCGCAACAACCUGUGCCUGGCGUGCCCGGCCGGGGAGUACCAGGAGCGCGAGGGCCAAACCUCGUGCCAGGCGUGCCCGCCCUCCGCCCCCCCGGGAGGCCCUCACAAGCUCGCGGCUCGCAACGCCUCCGAGUGCUCUGACGCUUGCCCUGCUGGUCACUGGAGCAUUGACGGCUUCAGCCCCUGUCGCCCCUGCCCGGCCGGGACCUUCCAGUCUGACAUUGGUAGGGUAGAGUGCAUACCCUGCCCGGAAGGACUGACCUCCCCUGGUGCUGCUUCCUCGCUUUCUCAGUGUCUCCAAGGCGAUCAGGUUUGCCAGCCGGGGCAUUUCUGGAGUCGCACAUCCCGACAGUGUGAGAGCUGCCCCCGAGGGUACUACCAGCCCGACGAAGGCGCCUCCUCCUGCCGCCAGUGCCCCGGGGGCGUCGACACUGACCACACAGCCUCCGUAACCGUGGAUGAUUGCAAGAGACAAGAAUGCGGUGGUUUUGUGGGGAAUCUCUCGGGUGUGUUCGAAACCCCGAACUACCCCGGCAACUACCCAAACAACGCGAGAUGCACUUGGAUCGUUAAGCCUGCAAAAGGAAGGAAAGUUCUUGUAGUCGUGCCUGAAAUUCGACUGAGUCACGAUCAGUGUGGGGACUACCUGGUGUUGAGGAAAUCCAAAUCGCCUUAUAGCACCGUGAGCUACGAGACGUGUUCGAGCGUGGACCGGCCUAUGGUGUUCAAUUCUCGUUCCCGCCGCCUUUGGGUCCACUUCCGCAGCGACGGGAACGGCACGCAGCAGGGAUUCCGCAUACGAUUCGUCACUUACAACGAGGAAUACCACAAGCUGAUCGAAACAAUCGUGAAAGACAACCGCCUGUAUUCCCUUCAUAAUCACCUAGAGAUCUUGAGGGACCGAGAGCUGCUUCCUCGCCUCCUGGAGGUGGUCGCGGAGCCCAUCAAGUACUAUGAGUAUGCGAAGAAGAAGGAGAAGCUCUUUCCCUCGUCCUUCAUCAGGCUCCUCACGCCCAAGGUCAGGAGGUUCUUCUCGUACAAGAGGAGAUAGUGACACUCGGAGGGAAAAUGGAGUCGCCCGAGAGACGCGUGUCUUAGCCAGUGCAAUGAAGCCGAAUAGGCAAUGGAAACUGCUUGGUGCGUCGAGAUUUGUCGAUUGGAAUUCGUGUGCGGUUAAUGAAAAAUAAGAUUGAUGGGAAUGUAAGCAGUUUGUAUGAAAUAUGAAAAAAGAAAACAUACAUGUGGGGUAUGUAUGUAAAUGUAUAUAGGCAAACGCGAGUAUAUGAAUCACUGGUUCCCAUACUUUUUUUAGGCCGGCGCCUCCUUGGCUUCUGCGCCCCCCCCCCCCCCCCAUGCACAUGCGAACUCACACCUUUAUUGGUAUGUUUCAAAUUAAAAACAACGAGAUUGAACAUGGAUAUUUUCACAAUAAAUGUAAAACUUAUUUAGUGAACCAAUUUAUUUAGCAUUUUUGGCUGCCCCCCCCCCCCCCAGCCACCCCCUUUUUCCUUACCGCCCCCUCAGAUCUUUCAACCGCCCCCAGUGGCGUGGCACAGCCCACUUUGGGAUCCAGUGGUUUACACACACACACACACACACACACACACACACACACACAUAUAUAUAU